AUGCCUUUUGCUCCAUUUGUUGGCGUGAAUCAUCAUGGUCAGUCGAUUUUAUUGGGAUGUGGGCUCAUCUCUCAUGAAGACACAGAGUCAUUUUCGUGGUUAUUUGAGACUUGGAAGACAUGCAUGUGGGGUUGUGCUUCGAAAGCAAUAAUUACCGACCAGUGUUUGGGCAUGAAGAAUGCUAUACAAAAAGUAUUCCCUGAUACCCGACAUUGGUUGUGUAUAUGGCAUAUUAUGAAAAAGGUGCCAGAAAAGUUCGGUAAGUACAACGCCUAUGAACAAAUUAGUUCGUGUAUGCGCAAUGCCGUAUGGAAUUCAUUGACAAUAAAACAAUUUAAGGAUGCUUGGGAUGGUUUCAUCAAAAAGUACCAGCUUCACAAUAACACAUGGUUACAGGGGUUAUAUUUGGAGAGGAAACUGUGGGUUCCUGCUUAUGUGAAUGACUGCUUUUGGGCGGGAAUGUCAUCCACACAAAGAAACGAGCAGCAAUAUGAAAAUGCAUUGGCGAAUAAGGUGGAGAGUGAAAAUGAAGAAGAUGGAAAAAGCUGGAGGAGUUUCAUCCCAUUAAUAACUAAAAGUGGCUUGGAAAGGCAAUUUCAAAGUGUUUAUACAAAUGAGAAGUGGAUUACAUAUGGAGAAGAGGAAAAGAGAAUUCAAGUGCCAUUUAUUGUUGAUUUUAAUGCUGAAACAAAUGAAGCACAUUGUAAUUGCCAAUUGUUUGAGUACAGAGGAAUGGUUUGUAGAUAUCAACUGACGGUGUGGAGUCAAAUGGGAGUUGAAAGAGUACCUGACAAAUAUGUGUUGAGGAGAUGGAACAAAAAUGUCAAAAAGGUGCAUACUAAAAUUCGAAUAAACUAUGAUAACUCAUCAACGUCAAUUGAAGCACGUCGGCAUGACAAUAUGUGCAAUCUCUUUAAUGAGGUUGCCGAUUUGGCAGAAGAUAGUCAAGAGAAGUAUGAUAAGGUGAUGGCACGGUUACUUGAGCUAAAAGAAGAGUUGAUUGAAUCUUCGAUUGUUUGUGGAAGUAAUGUGAUUUCCGGUACUCCUAACAAUUCCUUUUCAAUUGGAGAUGAAGUUCUACCCUCCAAAGAAAGCACGAACAUAUUUGACCCAGCAAUCCUUCGUCGAAAAGGGAGACCGCCAAGCAAAAGGAAGGUAGGCAUUGUUGAAAAAAUUGGACACAAGAGAGGUUGGAACACAACAAUUGUUUUUUUCAGGAGAUUGGGAAACAAGAGAGUGGUAGAAGUUAAUGCUUCAACCAAUUCAUGUAUGCGUUUCCAAGUUCACAAACAAACAUGCCACCCUCAUUCGGUAGUCAUGAUUGGUGAGGGCAAUCAAAUAUUACAAGUAGGCAAAUUUGGGGAGGAGGGCAAUCAAGUUUUUUCGAGACUCAAGGGCAAUGUGUUGGAGGACUACCACCAAGUUUUACUCAAAUGCUGA